AUGGAGGCAUCCACUAGCCUUGUCGACGCGACGGCUGGAUUCCAAAGCGCAGCCAACGUCCGCUGCCGGGUGCCAGAAGGACUGUCCCUGGGUACGUGGGAGGUCGGCCUUGUCAACUACGACUCGCCCUUCGUGCUUGCGCAGAAUUUUGUGCCGUUCCAGGUCCUACAGAUUUCCAUCGUGGGCAGAGUCUCGCCGAAUGCCACCUCCAUGGGCAGCAACACUCCGCUAGUUUUGUACGGAGGGCCCUUGGGAGCGCUGCUGCGCGAGACUGAGGGCUCGAGGUGCGUCUUCCGGCCAGAAGGGUUCUCAGAAGAGGCAGAGGCUGCACCCUGGGUCCUUGACAGCCAGCGGGUUGCUUGCUUUCCACCCGCAAUUCCCGGGCUGCCUGGCGGUCGCAAGGUUGGCGUUACUUUGCGGAUUCACGGCAUGGCUCUACCGUCCGAGGCCACCUUCCUCCUCUUCCCCGAGCGGCGCCUUACGGCGGCUCCGCUUCAAGGCCAAGCUUCGAACAUCAGGGUCCAGGUAGGGCUGGUCGGUGAGGAGAUCGGUCACCAGAUGCCACCUGUCAGCCUCCUCGCGCAGAAUACGCAGUUCCAGGGUCCUGCGCAAGUGAAACUCUGGGUGACGCCUACUGCCUACGACCCGCCACAUGCGGAGAGCGUCGUCAACUCGACUGCUUUGGGGAUUAUCGACAUCCCCAUUACUGCGCUUGGGCUCUUGCUGAGCGCUCCUGUGGUGGACUACUCCGUCACGUAUCCUCCGGGGAUGCUGUUCAGCACCUACUUCAUUGACCCCACCGAGGGAGCUGCAGAAGCCUGGGGCCUGCUCGUUCGGGGCGCGGCAUCUGUCGAGGUCUCUCCAUCCAUGCUCCUAGCGACGCCGAAAGUGACCUCUGUCUAUCCGCGCAUGGUGCCGUGGCUUGACCGCAGCCAGCGAGCAGUAGAGCUCGACGAGGAUCCAAGCUUGCUGAUCGUGGGCCUGGGCUUCGUGAACACGAACUUGCUCCGAUGCCGGCUCGUCGACACGUUUGGCCACGCCAUCGCUUCGCCCUACGCCUCCUUCAUCAGCUCCACGCAGGUGCGCUGCGGCCUUCCUCCCUUCGAGCUGCCAGGAAGCUCCAACGUGAAGAUUGAGGUGUCGAAUGAUGGGACCGAGUGGUCCACGGAGAGCUUCGAGGUCUACAUUGUCUCUGCGCUCGAGCUCCGCAAGGCCACUUGUUCUCCGAUCAGUCAGUUGGAGUUUGAAGUCGGCCAGCGGAAAAGAAAGAGCCUUGUCAAGGCUGACGGGAAUGGAGCCCUUUUCUUGCAUCCUGUUUCGAAAACCAGGGGCUCGGCUGCUGAGAUCAUACUGGCGCACCAUGAGCUCGGAUGUCAUAGAAUUGCACGGCUCAUAAAGAAGGUUUUCCUGCCGGUUGAUUACCCGUCGUCUGUCACCAAGAGCUACGUGCACUUCAUCUGGUUCACUGCCUGCCAGCUGCUCCUUUGCCACAUGUCGAAAGUCAUCGCAACGCAGGCCAUGCUCCUGGCUGUGGGUGUUGGCGGUCGUGAGAUGGUUCCCAUGGCAGCAGUCACGGCCUGGGUCUUGAAGGAUGGCAUCGGGCAUCUCUUGGCCAUCCUUGUCGGAACCUUUAUCAACAAGCGCUUCGACUCAGAUCCGAAGCGUUUUCGCUUCCAUGCCACAGCCUUGGCUAAGACCGCUGACCUUAUCUGUAUCCUGACGCUGCAGUGGCCCGAAUACUUCUUCGCUCUCUCGGCCCUGGGCGGUGCCUUGGGGCGCUUGAGCAUGAACACGGGCCAGGCCUCGCGUCCGAGGGUCUUCGAGACUUUUGCCAGAGCCAACAAUCUCGGCGAUAUCAUGCGCUGUAACACCGCACAGAUGACUGCAGCAGAGCUUCUGGGGACCGGCUUGGGUGCUGGCCUGGGACGAUUUCUUGGCACAGAGGUCCACCUGAUGAUGUGUGCCAGCACUGUUCUGGCCUUAGCCUCCUUGACAUGUUGCUACCAUGCCACGUGCCGUGUCCAGCUGAAGUCGUUGAAUCGCCAGCGUGCCGAGUUGGUGCUGGAGCCAGCAGUGCACCAUAUCUGCGCCAGCUUGAGCAUACCUAAUCAAAAGGGGUCUUUAGGAAGCGAUGGGAUGGAUCCACAGAGUCAAAACAAGAGCCCAGCCACAAAGGCUGUGCUCGUUCCCUCUGUAGAGGAGAUCAGAGACCGCGAGGCCUUUGUUCGUCCAUACAGGUCAGCAGGGUGUAUGCACUUGGACGUGAACCCCAUGCUUGAAACCUCGUGCCAGCUCCUCAUUCCUCUCGACUCAGCAGCACGAUAUGUCUUGGGCUACUGCAGAAGGCGACUGGCGCUAUGGUACCACAUGGAGGCAACAGCCCCAGACGUGCUGAAGGGCUUCCUCCAGUCUCAGCUGCUGCUCAAGUUGGCGGAGAAGGAUGGUAGCAAGGAUGGGGAGCUCGCCAAGCUGAGCCUUCUGGCCGCCGACCUCUCCGAGCUGUGGUGGCCAUUGGUGCAUGCAGCACUGCUGGCCGAAGGGUGGGAGACAGAGUUAGUGUUUCUGGAUGCAAAAGAGAAGCGAAUUUGCAUCGAGGACUCUGCACCUUCUCAGGUGAUUUGCUGA